AUGGUACAGAGGUCUACAGUGGUUGGCUGCGUGAUGCUGCUGCUGGCAGCAGUUGCCACGUUUUUAGCCGUUUUCUUCAGUCUGCGGGCCAAGGCCGAACCUGAACCGGGUUACUUAAGGGCAGCGGUAGCAGCGGACGCCGGGCCGUGCUCAGAAAUUGGCAGGGAUAUUCUCAAGAAAGGUGGCUCUGCGGUUGAUUCCACCGUUGCUGCUCUGCUAUGUAUGGCUUUGAUGAAUGCCCACAGCAUGGGCAUCGGAGGAGGACUUUUUCUCACUAUUUACGACGCCAAAACAGGGAAAGUCGAAACCAUUGAUGCACGUGAGACGGCACCCGCAAACGCGACCAGAGACAUGUUUGGCAAUAGCACAGACCUUUCCCAGAAAGGUGGUUUGGCCAUCGCUGUCCCUGGGGAGAUUCGGGGAUAUGAGAUGGCACACAAACGCCACGGCAAGCUUCCAUGGAGAGAGUUGUUUUUACCGAGUAUACAACUGGCACGGAAUGGCUUUCCUGUGGGCUCCGCUUUGGCCAGUGCAAUUUAUUCUAACAGGAGAACCAUUGUGAAUGACAAAGCAUUAUGUUCUGUCUUCUGCGAUUCCAAUGGCAACAUCCUUAAGGAAAACGAUACAAUCGUCUUUGCCAAACUGGCCGACACUUAUGAGCACAUAGCUGAGAACGGGGCCGAAGGGUUUUAUAGCGGCCCGCUGGCCGAGAACCUUGUGAGGGACAUCCAAGACGCAGGAGGGAUUAUAACUCUGGAGGACCUGAGAGAUUACAAGCCUGUGCUGGACGAUAACCCCCCCGCCGCUGACGUGGGAGAAUACACAAUGGUGACUCCCAACGCUCCUGCCAGCGGACCAGUGCUCACAUUAAUACUCAACAUCCUCAGCGGUUUCAACUUCAGCCCAGACAGCGUCUCCACCACCGAUAAGAAAAUCCUCACCUACCACCGCAUAGUGGAGGCCUUCCGAUUCGCAUAUGCCAAGAGGACUGUGCUGGGCGAUCGAAAUUUUCUCAACAUUUCAGAUUUCAUCCAGAACAUUACCUCGAAGAGCUAUGCUGACAUGAUCCGACAGAAGAUCACAGAUAAUACAACGCAUCCAGAGAGCUACUACGAACCCGAGUUCUUCAUUCCGGACAACCACGGCACGUCGCAUCUGUCGGUGUUGGCGGAGGACGGCAGCGCUGUCAGUGCCACCAGCACCAUUAAUCUAUAAUUUGGCUCCAAAUUCAUGUCAAAUUCCACCGGGAUUAUUCUGAACAACGAGAUGGAUGACUUCAGUUCUCCGCUGAUUACCAACAAUUUUGGAGUUCCUCCUUCCCCCAAUAACUUCAUUGUACCACAUAAAAGACCCAUGUCAUCUAUGUGCCCCGCCAUCCUGCUGGACAAAAACAACAAAGUUAAGAUGGUAGUCGGGGGCUCGGGUGGAACUAGGAUCACCACAGCAGUAGCUCAGGUGAUCCUAAACACCUUGUUUUUCAAUUACGACUUGAAGAAAUCAGUCGUGGAGCCGAGAAUUCACAAUCAACUCAUUCCCAACGUCACGCAAGGAGAGUCUGACUUUGACAGGGCAGUUUUGGAGGGUCUUGCCCAGAAGUAUCACGUUACAGAAGUGAUAAAGUCCACAGCCUCUGUGGUCCAGGCUGUUGUGCGGUACAGUGACGGACUUCGCGCUGAGUCAGACCCCCGUAAGGGAGGUUACGCAGCUGGGUACUGA